GACGUUCUUUUGGUCCGCGCAGCAAGUGACAUAAGAGGCGGUUUCAUAUUGUCUUGACGGUGCACCAGGUGCAUUAAAGACUUAACUCGCGAGAGCGUAGUUUUUUUUAACAUGUGGUUUUUGGUGAGGAAUAAGAGUGGGGUUGCUGUUUUAGGGAUAUUGUUAAUAUGUGUUCAUCUAAGCGAAGAAAAUCAUCGUCAUUUAAAAAAAUCUAAAUUAAGAAAUGAAAAGCACUCAGUGAAAACGACCGCUGAUUCAGACAUAUGCUCAAUAGAUAAUGGUGGCUGCGAGCACAUAUGCAAACCAAAAUUGGGUAGUGCCAAGUGCUUAUGUAAACCUGGGUUUCGAUUAAGCAAAAAUGGCCAAAACUGUGAAGAUAUUAACGAAUGCCAUCUAAGAAAUGGGCACGGACCUUGUCAAGGAACUUGUCACAACACUUUUGGUUCCUAUAAAUGCACAUGCGAUUCAAAAGGUACCAAAUUGGCACUAGAUGGUCACACGUGUGCGGACAUCAAUGAGUGUACCGAAAAAACUUCUGGUUGCUCCCACAGCUGCAUCAAUGUUCAUGGAAAAUCUUUUUGCACGUGCCCUGAGGGAAUGGAACUUGGUGCAGAUAGAAAAACUUGUGAAGACAUUGAUGAAUGUGCCAAUCCCAAAAUUACAUCUGGCUGCAUACGUGGCUGUAUUAACAUCAUAGGGUCAUUUUAUUGUAUCAGUAAUAAUGAUAAAGGGUAUCAGUCUGAUCAAGAAGCUAAUGAUGAAGAGGAAGAAGAGUAUGACGAAUAUGAUGAAGAGUAUGAAGGCGAAGAAUACGAUGAUGAGAAUUAUAAAGAUGAAGAUAAUGCUGGCAAAGAUGGAGAGAGAAAAGAAGAAAAUCUUAAAAAAGAAUCAGAGGAUACUAGCCUUAAUGAAGUAAUUCUGGAAAAAGAAGGGGGUAGUAAAGUAAUGGAAGAAACAGAUCAGUAUGAUGAUGAUGAUGAUGAUAAUGAUGAUGUUGGGGAAGUAAAAGUCGAAGCCAAAGAAUCUUCUCAAAUAGGAAACACUGAAGAGAACGACAGUGAAAAUCUACAUGAAAUGACCGAAAAAUUUGAUGAGGAGUUAGAUUCAAAAAAUAAUGAGUUAGAAAUUCCUAACGAAGUGGCAAAGACUACAGAGCAUCAGUUCAUAACAACUACGGAAGCAGAUUUUAUCAAAUCGGCAAAAGAUAUACAGGAAGAAAUCGUGGAUGAAGCAGCUGAAAAAGUGAUAGAUUCUAGUUCAGAAAUUAAUAAUAUUGAGGUCAACAAAGAAAAUGAUAAUGACGAAGAGUCUGAAAAACAGGUAGGUUCUAGUUCAGAAUCAAAUAACAUUGAGAUCGAUAGAAAAGAUGAUAACGAUGAAUACGAAGAAGAUUACGAUGAAUAUGAAGAAGAAUAUGAUGAGAAUAGCAAGGCUGAAAAAUCGCUAAAGGAAGACGUUACGACUACACUUUCAAACAUUGAACCACCAUACCAAAGACCCACCCAGGAGCCAACUAUUAUUGAAACCACUACACCUGCCAUAGAAGUAGAUACAAUAACGACAAUAGAAAAUACCCCCUACUCCAGUACACACGCUUCGGUUGAAGCUACUGUUUUUGAAUCAUCUAGAAGGAAUGAUGUUGAUAAUGAAGUUGAUGAAUCAAGUAAAGAGGAUGAAGAAGAAGAAGGAGAAUACUAUGAGGAAUAUGAUGAUGAAAUUGAAGAUAUCAAAAAAAUAAUACCAGAAACGACUACAUUAAAACAGUGUCAAGAAGGGUUUGAACUAGCUGACAGUGAAUGUGUCGAUCUGAAUGAAUGUGAAAACGGGCUGAACACUUGCUCUCACACUUGUGAAAACACUAUUGGAAGCUAUCAAUGCCUCUGUCCACAAGGAUUCCAGAUAUCUAAAGAAAAUUCUACACAAUGUAUCGAUAUUGAUGAAUGUAUUGCAAAUCCUUGUUCACAUAUUUGUUUUAACACUUUAGGUAGUUUUGAAUGUCACUGUCCAGAAGGAUUGACCUUAGAAAACGUAACGCAAUGUAUUAAUUUGUCUUGUUCACACGCCAGUACUAAGAUCGAUGGUGUGUUUCAGUGUACUUGUCCUCCAGGAUUCGUUUUAGGAUCUGAUAGUAGAACUUGCGAAGACGUAGACGAAUGUCUUAUAGAAAACACUUGCUCACAUUAUUGUGAAAACAUAGUGGGAUCAUUCAAAUGUGCUUGUCCUUCUGGUUAUAAGCUAGAUCUAGAUGAAAAGCAUUGCGUUGAUAUAGACGAAUGUUUACAAGAAGGUGUUUGCGAACAAAUUUGCAAGAAUUUACCUGGAAGCUUCCAAUGUUUGUGUGAAGAAGGCUUCAAAUAUGAUCCAGUAGACAAUUUAUGUUUAGACAUCAAUGAAUGCGAUAAAUCUCUUAAUUUAAGCCAAUGCCAACAGCUUUGCGUUAAUUAUGAUGGCGGUUACGAAUGUGGAUGUUUUAACGGUUACGUGAUAUCUCCAGAUGAUAUUCAUUGUAAUGAUCUAAACGAAUGUGACGUUGAUAACGGACAUUGCAGUCAAAUUUGCGAGAAUUUACCUGGUAGUCAUUCGUGUAGCUGUAAAGAAAACUAUAUUUUACAAAACGACAAUAUAACAUGUGUUUUGGAAAAUCCCUGCCUAAAAGACAAUGGUGGUUGUUCCCAUGAAUGCGUUUUUGAAAAAGAUCGACCUAUAUGCAAAUGUCCAGAAAGAUAUUCCUUGGUGGAUGAGAAAGCGUGUGUUUUAAAUGAUCCAUGUCUUAGCGAAAAUGGAUUAUGCUCACAUAUUUGUAUAAACGAUAACGGACAAGCUAAAUGUGAAUGCCCACCAGGUUUUAGCUUGGAAAAUAAUACUAAAUGUACAGAAAUCAAUCAAUGUCUUUUUAAUAAUGGUAACUGUUCACAUUUUUGUGAAUACCUUGAUCACCGGGUUCACUGCAGUUGCCCAGAGCUUCACACUUUGGUCAAUAAUACCUUGUGCAUUGAAAACAAUCCUUGUGAACACAAUAAUGGUGGCUGUUCUCAUACUUGUGAGUUUAUGGAUCACAAGGUCAUUUGCAAAUGCCCUGAUACUCACGAUUUGAGAAACCAAACACACUGUGUGGAAAGGAAUCCUUGCUUAAUUGAAAAUGGAGGCUGCUCUCAUAAGUGCAUUUUUAUAAAUGGAACGAUGACUUGCGGAUGUCCUGAAAACUUUACACUAGAAGGAAAAAUGUGCUACAAAAUCGACCCUUGCCUUGUAAACAAUGGAGGUUGUUCUCAUACAUGCUUUUCUGAUGAUAUCGGAGAAAUAAAGUGUAGUUGUCCAGAUAAUUAUCGCUUGAGUAAUAAUACAAAUUGUAUUCUGGACGACUUGUGUCAAAAAGAAAAUGGAGGCUGCAGUCAUAUUUGUGAUUUCGCAAGUGAAAAGGUUGUGUGUUCCUGUCCAAGCGGAUAUGAAUUGAUUGAUUCUAGAUUUUGUAAAAAGCAAAACUCUUGUGAUUUGGAUAAUGGUGGCUGUUCGGACUUUUGCCAAGAUAUCUCUGGAAAUGCCAAGUGCACAUGUCAAGAAAAUUAUAUUCUGGAUUCAGAUAACAAAACAUGUAUAAUAGCUGAUCCUUGUUCCAAAGCUAAGUGCUCUCAUUUUUGUAAGAAUGACAAUGACGAGGCUCAGUGCUACUGCCCAGUGCACCAUGACCUAAUAAAUGACACUGAAUGUGUUAAAAUCGACCCGUGUCUAAUCAACAAUGGAGGAUGCUCACACGAAUGUGAAUUUGUCAAUAACGAAGUUAUAUGUUCUUGUCCUGAAGGCUACAAAUUGGAACAAAAGUCUUGCGUACUAGUAAACCCGUGUUUGGAGAAAAAUGGCGGUUGUUCUCAUGCCUGUACUGCAAUCAAUGGGCAUGCCAUAUGCCGAUGUCCUCCUGAUUAUGAGCUUAUUGAUAAAACUUGUUUUAAACUGAACCCAUGCGCCAUAAACAACGGCGGUUGUUCGCAUGGAUGUUCAAACGCCUUUGGUGAAGCAAAAUGUUUAUGUCCUCCGGGUUAUAAGCUCUUCGGGAAGAAGUGUUUGGAUGAAGAUCCUUGCAAGAAAAGAAAUGGCGGAUGCUCGCAUUUCUGUCAAAAUGUUGAAGGACAGCGAAUCUGUAGUUGUCCCAAAGGUUUCCUGUUACGCCCUAACAAAAAAGCCUGCAAAGAUAUUAACGAAUGCAGAAUCGACAGGGGUGGUUGCUCCCAUGGCUGCAAAAAUACACAGGGCUCUUUCGAGUGUACUUGUCCGGUAGGCUUCCAUUUGGAUACAGAUUUAAAAACUUGUAUUGAUAUUGAUGAAUGCCUUAUUAAUAAUGGAGGGUGUGAAAAGUUCUGUAAGAACUAUAAAGGAAGCUUCAGAUGCGAUUGUCCAGAAGGUCAAGUUUUACAAAGAGAUAGAAAAACAUGCAAGCAAGGCGAAGUACGACAGUGCCGUGUGCCACGAUCUCCGGAAAAUGGCGCUAUGCGCUGUCUCGGUCACCGUACCGAUUUCGGUCUUUUGGUCCCUUCAGGUACCAGAUGUAAUGUUUGGUGUGACGAAGGUUUUAAACUCAAGGGCCAAUCACAGAGAAUAUGCAAUGAGGAAGGAGAAUGGAGUACUUUAGAGGCAGAAUGUGUUGUUGCAACUUGUCCGCCGCUUCCCACUUUCCAGAAUGGCUGGUUCAUACCAGGUAUUUGUAAUACUGGUAAGACUUAUCCAGGAGAGUCUUGCAAUAUUCACUGUCGAGCAGGAUAUAAAGUAUCCGAUCAAAUACAAUCAGUGGCGUGUAUGGACGACUUGAGGUGGUCUACUGAUAUGUCUCAUGAGAUUUUGGAACGUUUUUGUACGAGAGACUCACCAGAAAAUAUCAGGGAUAUCUACAUAAGUUGUCCCAAUGAAGGAGUCCUAAACUAUGUGCUUCCUCCCGGUCAAAAAACUAUGCUAGUAAAGUUUGAACAACCCGAAACAAAUGUAGAUUUUCAACGAUACGUUAUUUCACAACCUUCUUGGGGCAAACGUCUGCAAACAAGUUUAUCAUCGGGGAGCGUAGAGAUCAAGUUUACAGCAGUCCAUGGAAAUCGCACAGUUUCUUGUAGAUUGAAAAUUACCGUGGAGGAUAAAGAAGCACCCCAGACCAUAAACUGUCCCUCCAACUUUGAGAAAACUAUUGACAGAGGACAAUCAAGCACGGUAGUAUACUGGACAGAGCCAAUUUUCCAAGAUAAUGUGGCAAUUAAAGACGUUUAUAAAUCAAGGACACCUGGAUCAGAGUUUGUUGCUGGUUUACAUCACGUCAGCUAUAUAGCAACGGAUUUUUCAGGAAACAGGGCAUCAUGUCGCUUUACAAUUGAUAUUAAAGAAUCAGACGAUCUGGAAGUUCUCAAUUCUCUGCAAACACACCAAUAUACAGUUAACAACAGACGUGCCGACAGUGGAGGAUACUUCAAAGCGGUUCUGGUGUGUCCCAGUGGCAGAACCUACGAGAACUUAGUUAUUCGCGUACCUGAACCUGGUUGCAAAUGGAGGCAUGUCAAAGUGUCAACACCUCUAGAAAAUAGCCUUGGAACACAAUAUGGUACUGUAAUUCACCCGAAACAAUCUGCCAAGCCAUUUUAUAACAAUAAUCUAAAUGUAAAGCCUAAAAUUCAUACCCAAAGUCGCCUUCCUGAUUAUCUGAGGAAUCGUAGAAGAAAGCAGUACUUUAGAUGGGAUAGAAAAUAAUCUAUACGGGGUUGGUGUUGCCAUAAGUUAAUAUAUUUAUAAGAUUAUAUUAUUUUAUGUGUAAAUUUUUUAUGUAAAUUAAUUAGAAGAUAAGUUUCAAAAAAUAAACAGCUAAUUUAUAAA